GCUCCAUGCAGUCAUUGUGCAUUAAUUUCCAUUCGCGUAGACAAAAGGACGCGAAUUGGGUGUGAUUUAAAGGGGCGCAGUCAGCUGGUUCAGAAUCGGCUCCCCUUGUUUCAUCAAACGUCAGUCCAUUAGUGACACUGCAAGGGCUGCUUCAUUCUUCAUGUGAGGUUUUAUUUUGUGUAGAUAUAUUGUAGUUAUAAACACUUUCGUCCUAAAAUUCUCAGCUUUGGGACAUGAUCCAAUACUGCACACUACGAUUUUUUCCGUUUUUUAAUGUUGAUGGCAGAAAUGUGUUUUGUGUAAUAUUUGACGUGAAGGGGCUUUUCACCAUGCCACGGCAUGUUCUCGUAUGUGCCUGCAGAGGAUACGGUAAUAGAAAAUAAAAACUAAACGCUUUCCCCCGGCUCUUUAUUUUUUGAUGAAGAAUACACUGUGGGACCGUUGUGCUUCUUAGAGAAGAUGGAUGUUUCGCACAAGACGACAGUUAAUCCCGAAUGUGCAUUUUGGUGGUGUAAAUGUUUUUGGUGGGGCUGUUCCUUGUGUCUUUAUGUGCUGAUUGGGGUGACAAUCAAAACGGGGAGCCGCGACUGACAAGCCGGAGGCAUGAGCGACGCCGCCCUGAUUCUUGCAGUUCCACGUCCUUGCCUUUCCUAACACUGAGCAACCCUUUAACUUAGACUUUAAAGCAUUGUACAUCAGUUUAUUAUCAUCAUCAUCUUUUUUUCUGAAUGAAGACUGGCAGUGAGUUCCCCACCCAAAGCCAGCACUAGUUAGUAGCCCUGAACCAGCAGAGCCGAAGGUGAUCUGAUGUGAAAUGGCUGAGCCUAACCUCAGCAUAGAGCAGGUGGAGCCUGCAGAUCCAGAUAGCCCACAGACAGACUCGCAGUCGAGGUCCGAGGCCGCGGCCUGCCCAGCGGACGAGGACACGGGGACUGCCACGCGGAGGAAGAGGAGGAAGAAGGAGCCCCGGCCUGAGUCCAUAAUCGUAUACCGCUCCGAGGUGGAGAGGGUCCCCACAGAGGAGCAGGGUGGGGAGGAAGGGGCAGAGAAAAGCUCAGAGGAGGGUGCUAAAUUCCUCACCACAUCCAGCGAGGAAGGUGGCUGGAGUGUGCCCCCUGACAGCCGCUACGUCACCCUGACCGGCACCAUCACGCGAGGGAAGAAGAAAGGUCAGAUGGUCGACAUCCACGUGACGCUGACGGAGAAGGAGCUUCGCGAGCUGGCCAAGUCCAAAGAGCGUCUGGAUGCUGAAUGUGAGGGAACUGGCGAGGCCAAGCCCUCCUGCAGCCUGGGCCUUGGGCACGGGCCCCACGUGUUGCUGUGGAGUCUGUCCUGCGCCCCUGUGGUCUUUCUCCUCUCCUUCGUCACCUCUUUCUACUACGGCACGCUCACCUGGUACAACGUCUUCCUGGUAUACAACGAGGAGCGGACUUUCUGCCACAAGAUCACCGUGUGCCCGUUCCUCAUCAUCUUCUACCCCGUGCUGAUCAUGGCCGUCUCGGUGUCGCUGGGGCUCUACUCCGCCGUGGUGCAGGUGUCCUGGGCCUUCGGCCGCUGGUGGCUGGCCGUGCGUGACCUGGAGAAGGGCUUCUGCGGCUGGGCGUGUGGGAAACUGGGUCUGGAGGACUGCUCCCCAUACAGUGUUGUGGAGCUUCUGGACUCCGACACUCUGUCUGGAAGCGUUCAGGGUAAACCAACCGGAGAGAACCUGCAGACGACCUCCGUGUGACUACGUGAACCAGCCUGGGCACCCUGGGUGGAAUUUUUUUAAUUUUUUUUCGUGUCCCAAGAGAGUUUCUUUCUGCACUGUUCUCUGUGUCACCCCUGGUGGUCCAUCCAGUCUGGGGAAAAAAUAACUUUCCGUUACUCAGAACCUGAACUGCUAUCAGAACUCUACGGGGGAGCAGAUCUUAAAUAUCUCCUCAAACUGCCUUCUCCAUCUUUUGGUGUGGGUUCAUUCAUUGUUCUCCUCUGUUCCCGAUGGCAGCCAUCACUGUUAGAAGGUGAGUCUGCCCUUCAGAAUUUGAAAAGGGUAUUUUUUUGUAACGUUUCUUUAUCUCCUAUGGAAAUUAAGAUAAUGAUUUAAUCCUGAUUUUAUUAGACCGAUUUUAAGACUGAUACAAUCUGCAGUAUUGUGUCACUGGGGACCCCCCCCCACGGCUUUCUGCUGAAAAGGUGCUCGUGGAUGCAGUCUCUCCUAGCUGUUAGCCCCCAUUGUUUUAUUUAAGCUAUUUAUUUACCUUAUUUCACUAGCCGGCUGGUGAAGGAGGGUUUUGGUUCUGGUUCUAGGCAGGGACCCUAGUAUAGCUUGGCCAGAACUCCCUCUCUCUCUCCCCCGUCCAUGCAAAUUGAAACCCGUUUUUGAGGUCGGACAAUGUGCACAUUCAUUGGAAGUGACUGUCAGGCUGAGAGCAGAGGUGCACUUCUUCCGAGAACGGAAGCGGCACUGAAUGCGUCACCCUCUCUGUAUCUGCAUAGAUCUUUUUUUGUUUUCAUUCAUAAAAGCACCUUUUUUUACAGCGGGGAUGGACCUUGGCGAUUAAUCUGCCUAGUGACCCUAAAUCUUCUGAUACUCGUGUGUGCACAUUUUUUUUUGUUGUUUUUUAAAUAAAUUUACACCAAGUGAGUUAAGACUAUAAUGUAAUGAUCAAUCUGUUUCUGAAGGUCAGUCAUGUUUCAUUUACCAUUAUGCUCUAUGCAUCAUAAAUCUGUUUUUAUUUGUAUCUCUUAUUUCACCAAUUCGUUCACUUAUUUACUGUAUUAGGUAUGUACAGCCAUGUAUAGCCUUGUUCCAUUUAUUUUUCCCUUUUGAUUCUGUUGUCAUAUUAAAUGUGAUAAAUGGUGGCUGUUCACACUGCUGCACUGUGACCCACAUCCUGAUGGCUAGCUGGUGCAAACCAUUACACUCUGACUGCCACAUGUUAACCGAAAGCGUACGACACGUAAUUGUAUGAAUGAAACCCAUUCUCUUCUGCUUGUGGCUGGGUGGACAACACCUGACACCUGUCAUAUCCAAUUCAUUUGUUUUAUUUUUAAACAAAACCCACCAGCGAGUCAGAUGUGCAGAUUUGCUUAACUAUUACAGAGGAUGGAUACAUGAAACACCAAGCACAAGGAUGUUAAAGGAUUUUAACUCAUUAAAACAAUUUAAUGUUUCAGUUAACACUGCAUUUGGAUUUUAUUUUAUAUUGAUUUGGCUGUAUUUCAUGAAAUGUAUGCUUGCAGAAUCAUAGUGAUUAGCAGCAAUGGACCAGCAUGCAUUUGUGUUUACCCAUAAUGCGCAGUGUCCAGCAGCUUUUGUAAGACCUGCCCACUUGAUGCAUCGACACACAUCUUUGCUUUGGGAAUCACUAUGUUGGUCAUUCUUUGCUGGGAACUUCCUGAGUCAUAGAUUUUUUUAUUAGUCAUAGCUUUAGGUUUGGUCUGGGUUUGAAUUUGUAUUAGAGGACUUUAAACUCUUAUUAUUACCCAGAAUGCAACAUCUGCAGUUGGUGCUGGAUUCUAUUUAAGUGUGAUGCGAUUCUAUGUUUGCUGUGUACACACAGUAUUUACAACCACAUCAGAUUCUGGCGCACAUCAGCACAAUAGCUUUGAAAUCUGUUCAAAAUUUUGGUUUAAUGUAGUUUUGUUUAACAUUACCAUUAAAAAGAAUUAGGUAGGCCUGGCUAUUUACACCAAACCUAGUCUUUCUCUCUUCUGGAACAUUCUAUGGCACACUGGUAGUCUCUCAGCUUCAGGUGGACCCAUCCAUGUACAUGAGAUGGCAAGCAUUAAGCCGUCUGUGAAGGUGCAGAGUCCCCAUAUCUGCUUGUAUCCUGAGACUGUUUCCUUGGUUUCUGCUGUUUUUGAAAUGUUUUCUUUAUCUCAUAUUAUCUUUGAUCCUGACUGUGGUCGCCUGGUGCUAUAUUCCUUCGUUGUCAAGAUAACAUUUAGAAGGUCUAGGAAUCGUAAUAUUUGAUGCAUUGUCCUUUAAUUUAACAUUCUCUCCUGAGCCAAUCCUGGGGAAAUAGAAGUUGUGCGCUGGCUGUUUUUCCACGAUUUUCCUAAUCUCUUCAGGUAUCGCCGUCUUCUGUAGUCAGGACCAAAUGCUGCAUUCCACAGGGGGGUACACUUACAGUAUAACUGACCUGGUGAGCAUUGGCUGCCCUUUCAUUUGCGCUCCUGAAUCUCACUGUAUUUACAAAGCGUUUCACUUUGUAGGAUUACAUUUUGAAGCACGGGUUGAGCUCUCUAUAUUCAUUUAUGUUUUUAUACAUUGAAAAGAGUUACUACACAUUAUUUUUAUGGUCACUGAUCCAAAAAUGUCACAUUUAAUAAUUCAGAAGCUCAUACUGAUGUGAUGUCCAUGAUAAUAGUACAAGAUGCAACCCGCUGGAUAAUUUGCAGCCAGCCCAUGAAUCUGAUGUGAAGGUAACAUAAAAUAUAGUCAGAGAUCUCAUUCUGAAGAAACUUGUUUCUCCGAUUUGCUAAAGCAGUGGUCUCCAAUAUUUUUUACUGUGCAAGCCACUUUUAGAAGGAAAUCAAUCUGGGGAGAUACUCGUUUCACCUCGUGUUUUGCUGAUUGGGAGGGGUCCCUCUUGGAUGAUUUUUUUGUAUAAUUGACUGGGAAUGUCUGGGAUUGACUGGUUUGGGAACACUGUAGCAAAGUGUCGGUCCAUCCAUUCACCUUCCAACAGCGUAACCGACUGAAGGUUUGCAGAACCUUCAGCUCAUCCUGAGAAACUCAGCCAGCCAGAAGUGAUGAUUUAAAAGUGGUUUACUCACAAGGAAAAUGUUAUUCUCUUAGAAUGAUUUAAACUUUGUUUUAGCUAUAAAAACUGUCCAUAAUGAGUUCAAGAUUUCACACAAAAAAAAAUCAAGGAAUGUGAGGUGUGGUCCCUGUUCGUGACAUUCUGGAAUGUUCUCUGAGAUGCAGAAAUUCAGACUGGUGUGAGGAAUUUAAACAAUAUGUUUAUUGUUUGUUAUUGUUCGUUGUUCUUGCUGCCACUUAGCAGGGACAUUGAAAUUAAACAUGGAUUUACAAAU